UUUAAAACGAAAAAGACUGCGAUCAUUUCAGGAAGUUCUGUUUUAUAGUGAACCAAUACUGAUACCGAAGUUAUUGGUGUUCUUGUAGCAUAAUACCGAACUGGUUUGGAAGCGGACCAGGUGGAAGGACAUGCCUUUGUUUUUUCAGAACAGAGAAUUAGAUUGCUUCAGAUCAACAGCGGAAUUAUUCGACAAAUAUCCACAUUUACAGGAAAAUGCAAAAGCAUUUCGCUCCAAGCCACGUGUUGAUGUAGAUGCGAAGCACCUUCUGUAUGUUCAGCAGAGAGAGUUUGCAGCGACAACUCCAGCAGACAACUGCGUUUCGAUCCUUGGAUCAGAUGAUGCUACCACCUGCCACUUGGUCGUGCUGCGACACACCGGUAGUGGAGCUGUCUGUCUGUCUCACCUCGAUGGCUCCAGCACCAGGACUGAGGUCCAGCUCACUAUGAAAGCCGUCACAUCACUGAGUAACGGCUGUAAUGAGGGCAGAUUUGAGCUGCAUCUAGUUGGAGGGUUUGAUGACGAUGACAAAAGAUCUCAUAAACUCAGCCUUAACAUCCUGGCAGCGUUCCAGAAACAGAAGGAUCACAUUCACCUGGAGACAUGUUGCAUCACAGGUUUUAUAUGUUUUCUAUCUUUUGCAAAUACUGUAGUUAGACAUUCUGAUUUCUCAGUCACAAUUCUUUCUGUUGUAGAGAUGAACAAUGUAGUUGACAAGGGAAUUCAUAAACCGAUAGUAUAUGGAAUAGGUGUAAAUGUUAAAACAGGGGAAGUGUUCCCUGCCUCAUUCCCUCAUAAAGGACCUGCAGAGAUGCUACGGUCAGCACGGACCUUCACUGGAGGAGAGAUGACUGACAUUUAUGACUCAAGACAUGGACUUAUUAAAGUUGGACCAUGCCAGUGGAGUCCUGAUUUGGAAAUUGCCUUCUGGUUGUCACAAAGUGAUGCCACUAUUUUAAAGUACCUGUCCACGUCUCCGUUUGCUGAACCGCCGCACUUUGUCCAGCACAUUAAGUCCACCAUCCAGUUCCUUUUGUCGCAUCCAAACUCUGACAGCCUGUUCCCGGGAGGUCAGCCGCACCUCUACCACUGGACGGAGAGCGGUAGCUGGGAGAGGCUUGUCCAGUCAUAACAAGUCACAGCUGAACCUUUAAAUGCUAUUUGACUGUUUUUCUGUUUUCCAAUGGAAACACUGACCCCUUUUCAAUCAGAGUAUUUUCUCAAGAAUCCAAUCCCAGACCAGCGCUUUGCAAAUGUAUUCAUACCACAUGGAUCAUUUCCGAUCAGCUCCUCUGAGUAAAGCCAGUUUUGUAUUUGCAUUUUGCAGAUUGGAUGGAGGGUUUUUGUGAUUAUCAUUUUUCAAGUCUACAGAUUCUUUUAGAUUAGCUUGAGGAUUUUGAUUGGGAUAUUUUAACACGCAAGUACACUUUGAUCUAAACCAUUGCUCAAGCCAACACACAUUAUUUACGUAUUAUCUAAGCCAACACAGCUUGUGUAAAUAGUUAAAUUACUCUCCUAAAGUUCUGGAGGAGUUGUGUUGAACCACGGAAAGACCUAGAACUUGCAGAAUACCGGACCCUGAGGACUUACUUUGGUAUGUCUGGUUUAGAUUGAAUGCUAAUGUCUUGACCGGUUAACAGUUAUGAUUUAAGCUUUUACACACCUGACCUGUUUUCUGGGGGGCCCUGGUUUUCACAAUGCUGUUUGUUCACUAACGCACACUAGCAAACCUCUGAGGCCUUCACAGAAUAGCUCGAUUUAAACAAAUUUAUAUUUACUCAUACGAGGAAUUAGGGCUGGGCGAUAUGACUUCAAAAUUAAAUCUCAGAUUUCGUCAUUCCAGAUCCGAUAUUGUUUUUUUCUUGCUUUCUUUUCUUUAAAAGAAAAAAGAGAAAAUAUUUUCAAAAAGUGGCUUUUGUCAUUCUUUUUGUGAGUUGUGCGAGGGUGUAUUAGGGCCAGGCAACACAAUUUUAAAAAUUGUUUAAUUGCGAGAAUAUAGUCAUAAUAUUAGCAGAAUAAAGACAAAUUUUACUAGAAGAACGUCUUAAAAUUGCAAUAAAAAGUUGUUUUUAUGAGAUAUAAGCUCCUAAAGAGUUAGUUGGCUACCUAAAUCCAUGUCGGUUUUUUCUUCAGAAUAGACAGUCGUUUGCACAAUUGUUUCAAAGUCCUGUUGUUGAUAAUAAUUUGAUGCUGGUGUGUUAAAAGAUGAGGUAUUUUCUUAUCUAUAAACUUAUACCAGAGUAUAACCUCGUACACAAACAGAAGCUGUAAAACCUGUCCAGCAAGAUGGCCGGCCUUGGGUCUGCUGACAUCAUUCUGAACUAUAGAAACCCAAGGAAUAAAUUGUUGAAGAUUUAAUUUUGCCCAAAAAUGAAAUCUUCAAAAACCCAAAUUUAGAUUGAUCGAUAAAAUGUAUUCAUCGUCCAGCCCUAGGAGGAAUGUAUUGAUGAUUAUGUGACUUGUGAAUAUAUUUGCUUGCUCUGUAUUUUAUUUGGGGGUAUCUGCGUAUUAGGACCUGUAUGAAUAUGUUUACCACACUUUUGAGGUUUUUAUUGGUUAAGGAGAAUGGGAUAUUUUCAUUUUCCUUCAACAUUUCAACAUUAUAGUUAUGCACUACCUUAUGUUGGUCUGUCUGUCUAAAUUAAUGGAAGCUUCUUUUUCAAGGUGCAGCACAUUACCUCUCCAGUCUCAUAUGGUAACAAGAUGUAUCCAUUGGUCCACUGGAUUGCUGUGCAUGGUUUCAUAACUAUACCAGUUUGUGGUUUAACUUUGCCUUAGUGUUGGCCGGUUUCACACUGCAGUCCAAAAGAAGGCGACACUUUGCCCUUAUUUUCUUUCAAAGUAAAGAUUUUUGGGGGGAUGGGUUCACCACAGCUCUAAUGAAAGCCCUACACUGAGUAAUAAAUGGCCCUUUUCACACUGUUUCCUAAAAACAAGCGCCCUCACUGAUUUUCUUCUGUACCUGCUGAUGAUGAAUACUCAGUUGACCUUUCUUGGUGCCACCUUUUCAUGGUUUAUGUUUAGUCGGUGGGUUUAAAUUGUUUCACAGGGUAUAUAUUGAUGUUUUUGGGGGGGGGGGGGUUUAUGUGAGAACAUGUUUUUCCAUACUAUAUUCCCUAUGUGUCCACUGUUUCAGUUUAACUUGUGGAAAUUGUAGUUUUGGUUUAUAUUAACAGAGUGUGAGUUUGACUCUUUCUGCUGCCAAAACAUCCGAUCUUCAAGUAAAACAUUACCCACGCAGGAUUUCUGAAGAGAACCAAAGUGUUACCACAAACAGUACCACACAGUAAAAACACUUUUACAGAAAGCCAGGGGAACUUCUAUUUAAUGGAAAAGUCCAUUUAAAACCAUCCAUCCAUCCAUCCAUUUUCUGUUCACCCUUGUCCCUAAUGAGGUCGGGAGGGUUGCUGGUGCCGAUCUCCAGCUUACGUUCCGAGCGAGAGGCGGGGUACGCCCUGGACAGGUCGCCAGUCUGUCUUAGGGCAACACAGAGACAGACAGGACACACAACAAUGCACACACACACUCACACCUAGGGAGAAUUUAGAGAGACCAAUUUACCUGACAGUCAUGCUUUUGUGGGAGGAAGCCAGCAUACCCAGUGAGAACCCAUUCAUGCAGCGGGAAAACAUGCAAACUCCAUGCAGAAAGACCCCGGGCCGGGAAUCGAACCCAGGACCUUCUUGCUGUGCAGUGCUACCACUGUUCAGCCCCCAUUUAAAACCUUUCUGUAUUUACAGACUCAAAACAAAUAUCUGUACUGUUCUAAAGUGCAUAAAUUGUAGAGGAAGUGGUCAGUUUGUUGAAUGUUUUUUUAUCUGUGGAAAUGUACCUUCAAAAAUAGAGUUGUCUUUUAUGUUUAUUUAUCCUUCGCUCUUGACCAUGUCACACUUUAUAUGAAUGUUUCUUUUCAAAAGUGUAUGUGUUUAUGUCAAUCAAAAUCCUCUGCGAGUAAUGGUAGGAAUUAUGGCAUAGUGUAGUAAAAAAUCUGAGCAUAUGGCCUUCUGAUAAA